CGAGGUGGAGGAAUGAACAGUCUGUGGAUGUCUUAACUAAAGUGAGUUAUUGAUAUAACUACCGACUGAAUUCGUUAUAGGCUCCUCUCACCGUCUCGGAGCCUAACAAACUCGAGUGUGGAGUUGUUUUACAUGUGAAAUCUGUGAGUGGCGAGAACUGGACAGGCAAGUAACUCAACUAACAACCGUUUAAUGAAUUUAAAGAGGGAAAGCUACAGAUGAAAGGGGCGACCGAAGAACUGUCAUAUCGAUUUCGCUUUCGAAUAUUGUUUUUGGAGUGACAAGGAAAAGGAAGGGAAUGCAGCGUCAUGAUUAGACACGGAUGAGUUUCCCGUUGACAGUUUCUUUGUGUUCUCAAAGAAAAGGAACUGCAGCUCUAGUGGAAUAGACAGAACAGCCUUUGCCCGAUCCCUACCUUUGGGGUCAGGGAUCAAGGGCAAGGCAGUCUAAACAUGCUCUCAAACAAGACAUGUGAGAACAUCACUCGAAUUGAUGUAAAUGGGAACCCUGUGAUGAGCAUUGUAAUGUUCAUUGCUGGGGUGGUCGGCAACCUGCUGGCCUUGGCUAUCCUAGGGGUUCACCAGAAAGAGCAUCGCACCAAGUCCUCUGUCUUCUGCAUCCUCGUGACGGGCCUUGCUCUGACAGAUCUUGUGGGAACGUGUUUACUCAGCCCACCAGUUUUCGUUUGCUAUGCUCAAAGCACAUCCCUGGUAGGUCUUACAGGAAAUUGGUGGCUGUGCGGACUCUUCGCCUUCGCCAUGACAUUUUUCGGCCUGGCCUCUAUGUUCAUACUAUGCGCCAUGGCGGUGGAGCGAUGCCUUGCCAUCAGUCACCCUUACUUCUACUCGAAACAUGUGCGGCGAAGCUUUGCUAAGAUUGUCCUCUUACUCAUCUAUCUCUUUACCUUUGCUUUCUGCUUGCUGCCCUUCUUUGGAUAUGGAAGGCACAAGCAGUACUGUCCUGGGACGUGGUGUUUCAUCAAGAUGGAGGCAGAAGGAGAGGGUGAGGAUGAGGAGAGACGAACGCUGGCCUUCUCGCUGUCCUACUCUGUGCUCAUGGCACUCCUCAUCACUGUAGUUUUCUUGUGUAACGGUUCAGUCAUUGUCAGCCUGUGCCGCAUGCACCGGAGCCAAAUAACUCGCCGGGGUUCGGUGGUGUCAGCCGGACGAAAGAGGAGGUUGAGUACCUGGUUUGGACAAGGAGAGGAAGAAAUGGACCAUCUAAUCCUACUGGCCUCCAUGACCUUCAUUUUCGUCAUUUGCUCCUUACCGCUGACUAUCUGUGGCUUUGUGAAUGCCAUUAGUCCGGUGGGGAAUGACCAGCAGAAUCUCAUGGCGUUCCGAUUCUCUGCUUUUAACCCCAUCCUGGACCCUUGGAUCUUCAUCAUCUUCCGCAAGGCUGUCUUCCACCACCUUCGUUCAUUCUUCCACUGCCGUUUCUCCAGAGACUCAGUGAAGACCACAGCUCAAACUGCCCUGUCCUUCCCUCUGGAGGCUGGAGAUCUUAGUCACAGUUCCAGCAUCCAGAACAAAAUCUACUGCAGCCUUCCCCAAUGAAGAACAGAGCAUUUCUUGACAAAGUACCUAUUGCGUUGUGCACUGAAGAAUUUCAAAAGGUGAAGAUGAGACUUGGAAACUUUAGUUAAGAUUUAAAAACUACAUUAAGAGUGGUUUAAAGCCAAUACAAAAUGUAUCUUUGGUGGUAAGAACCAAGAAUGAGAACAUGGGCGUCAUGGCAAUGGAGAAGAAAAUGGACUUUGUAAAUAUGUAAACAAAUGUUUAGGGCUAAGUAGGCUCUUCUGUACAUGUAAAACACGAAAUUUAGGUGCCCAACAUACUAGAGAUGCAAGUGUGCUUGUUAGAAAAACUCAAAAAAGAACAUGAAGGUACAAACCACCAAUGUCAUUAAGCAAAGCUGGGGUAGUGGCACAAACCACACACAUACAAAGAAAAGUUUCCACAGAUUGUCAGUUAUUCUGCAGUUUCCAGUCAUCAAGCAUUGAACAUGCUCUUGAAGCUCACAAGUGAACAAUUUGUUCAGAUAUGGACUAAUGGAAUGGAAGCUGAGCCAUCAAUUAUAUUAAUGCAAAAGUGACUAACAACACUUCAAAUGACUCCCAACCAGGCUUUUCAUUCUACACCUAACACUGGGUUAAUGUCUUAAACCUUAGUAAAGGCCACUUUUAACCCUGGCUUAUGCAAGGUUUCCCAUUUGUAAUUUUGAAAACAUGUUAGCUUUUAACCCUUAGUUAUGAAACUCCACUGCAAAGCUGAAUUGCGGUGCCAAAGGUAUACAGUGCCUCAUUAAACAUUCAAACAGUUAAAACAUUAAAUUGACGACAAAUACAACAAUUGGAGUGAUGAAGACACAUUUCCAUUGAUGGAGAAGCAGUUGUUAAAACAGGCUCUGUGCUGUGCCUAUCCAAUCAAUGUUAUUAAAUGUGUAAAUAUUAGAGAUCGACCAAUAGUGGAUUUUGUCGAUACCGAUAACCAAGGUGGCAGAAAAGGCCAAUAACGAUUAAUCGGCUGUAAGUUUAAAUAUCGAUUUUUAGAAGGAAUAAAUAUUUCUUAGCCUAUCCUUGUCAAAAAUUAAUACAGUUCCCAAAGCAGUUUAUUGUGCAACCAAAAUCCCAAUAUUUAACUAUAAACCGUUACAAUGCUCUUUAUGCAAGUAUUUACCAAAUUAAGUAUUUUAUAGCCUAUAUAUCCACCAGAUGAAAAGUUUUGUAUAUAUAUUUCACCAAAUGAGGAUUAUUGAUGAGGAAUUACAAAAAAAAAAAAAAAAAAAAACCCUAUCAGCAACUGCAAAACUGAGAUAUCUGCCAAUAACCGAUAGUUCCAAAAAGCAACUAUCGGUACCGAUUAAUCUGUAAAACCGAUAUAAUGUUCUACCUCUAGUAAAUAUGCAAAAGACUAUAUUAAGCCAGGGUUUAUUAACUCAGUAUAAACAGUGUGAAACAUGGAACAUAAUAACCCAGGAACAAUUUAAAGUGUGAAAAGCCCAUUUAUACGGUCUCAGAUUAGUGAAAAAUUUAAAUAGAACUGCUAUUAUGUUUGCUCCUCUUGGUGUUUAGAGAAACAUUUGUGCUAUUUUAAAUUUAAGUCAUUCAGUGUCUGAUCAUUUUGUUUGGAUAAAGUAGCAUGUUUACAUAAAAUCCCUGACAAACUGCAAUUUUUUGAGGGGAAAAAAUAUAAUUUCCGAUUUCUAAUUACAGAUCACAUUUCAGUUAUUAUUUCAUGGUGGUACAUAAGUAUGGAUAAAAUACUUUUAAUUGUAAUUAUUUAAUUAAAAAAAAAAUAAGAGUGAGUAAACAGGUAUCUGGCCCACGUACAGGAGACUAAAGCGGGCCAAAUGGAUAGUCUCUGACAGGUGAGAUUCUAACCGGAACUGGCCUGAACAUAUUGUGCUGUUUGGGAAAAGACUAUGAGGGGAAAGUCUUUUGUAUAGUGUAAAAAGCUUUCACCAUACUGAAUGUUUAGAACAAGGUUCAAACUAUCCUGCCCAAAGCAAUGCACGUCUGCUUUCAUAACUGCUCUCAAAGUAUAAUCCUAAAUGUUUAAUUCAAAACCAUGGAUAUCUGACUUUAAGAAAGAACACUUGCUUUCGUCUACCAUAUUUAGUGGUUAUUGUAAUGGAGCCAUGCAACAUUGUGUUGAUGCAUAUUUAUAGACUGUUUGCAGCUAUUAUAAAACUACACAUGGGUCCAAGUCAGCUGUUACAAAACAGCUGAGAACAAAUGGACAGUCUUGU